AUGGAUGUAAGGCUAUCUAUAGAUGACCAGGAGAUGUGGCAGCAGAGAAGGCAGAGACUGGAAGCGUUAAUCGGGGCCAACCCGAGCCAGCAACAGCACGAUCCCGCACGAUUCGAUCCACUUUUGGAUCCUCUGCUACACACAGCAGCGAAGGAAGGGGAUGUCGACAAAUUCAUCAAGGCCCUGGAGGAUCAUUGCGCCGAGAAAGCAGUGCCAUUGCCCGUUGUUCUCCAGCAGUGCAGCCCCUCCGGGAACACGCUGCUUCACGCUGCGGCAGAGAGUGAUGAUAUUGUCAGAGCAGUCAUCGAUUUCAUCCCUGAGGACUGGACCUUUUGGGCGAACGACAGCGGAGAGACGCCGCUGCACAUUGCAGCUAGAGCCGGGAAAACCGGUGCGGUGGGGCUCGUCCUUUCCCGGGCGAACCCAAGAUAUAAGGACUGGAGUGGCAACACCGCUCUGCACGAGGCUGUCAGGAAUCGCCGUUCCGAGGUGAUCCGUCAGCUGGUAAGUAAAGACCCCCUUCCGCUUUAUCAAAUGAAUAAAGAAAGCAAGUCUCCAUGGAGCGUAGCAGUGGAAACAGGGGACUUGGAGGUUCUCAAGCUCUUGCUGGAAGUCAUGCUGGAAGCGCCGCCCCCAGAAACUCCAGAUGUCUUUGGCAUGUCACCUCCUCAUCUCGCUGUUAUGUACCGGAAUAUGGGUAUGCUGACGGAGAUGUGGAACAAGUUGCCGUACCCUUGGCUACUUCUAUUGAGAGAUGCGGGAUACGGCACUCCACUCCAUUUAGCAGCGUACACGGAUUAUCUCGAUGGAGUCAAGUUCUUGAUGGAGAAGUUCCCAUUGAGCGCCCUGGAGCAAGACGGCAAGGGGUAUCUUCCUAUCCAUGUCGCCUGCAUGAUGGAUCACGUGAGGGUUGUCGAGGAGCUACUUCAGCAAUGGCCAGACCCCGCAGAGUUUCGAUCUAGGCAUGGAGAAAACAUUCUUCACGUGUCGGCGAGGUACGGAUGCAUUUCAACUGUCAAAUACAUACUGAAGAGCCCCCGAUUCCUUCACCUCAUAAACGCCAUAGAUUUCAACUUGAAUACGCCUCUGCAUCUGGCUGCGUUGCACUGGCAACCUUCGGUCCUGCUGCUUCUUGCCCGAGACGGAAGAGUCAAUCUUAAGCAGGUAAAUAAGAAUAACAUGACGGCUUUGGACGUGGUAGAGGAGGCCAUUCAAGAAGUGGAUGCUCCACUUCGGAAGAGGUUAACGAGGAUAAUUUUGAAGUCUGCUGGAACGCCGAGAAGCGGAGAGUUAGCCAUCUGUAGGGCGACCAGUCGAAGCCUGGGGAAAGAAAAGGAACCCCCGGAAUUGGCUAGACUCAAGGAGGAGGCAACUACUCGCUCAGUCGUGGCAACACUCGUGGCUGGCAUGACUUUCGUUUCUAGUAUGCAAGUUCCCGGAGGAUACAAUAGUUCCAACCAGGAUGCUGGAAUCGCCAUAUUGCUCCACAAAGCCAUGUACAAUGUCUUUGUGAUUUGCAGCUCCAUCGCGAUGUAUAGCUCAAUCAUCGCCCUCGUGAUCCUCCUCUGGGCACAGAUGAAUGAUCCUUAUGCUGUGGAGAAUGCCCUUUCGAAAUCAAGACUCCCAUUGUUGAUAGCUCUUGUGGCGAUGCCUCUGGCAUUCAUGGCAGGUGUCUACGUGAGCGUAACCAAACUGGCUUGGCUUGUGAUCCUUGUCUUGGUUUUGGGAUCCGUCGCCCUCCUCAUUAUCUUGAGUUUCUACCUGUUAUUGUAUGUCCCGCUUGACUACAAGCAUCCUCUAGUUCAUCGUUUCACCGACUUAAUCAUUGUCAUGGGCAUUUCGGUGUCGGGGAACGUCACCGCAGGUGGUGGGACCGGUGCCAGUCGUGACUACCGCAUGCAUGGGAGAAGUCACAUCCCGUAACUUGAGCUCCCUCUUAGAUACAUCAGCUGCUGGCGUUCCGGUUUGGCUAGCCUACAUGUCUGUUAUACGAAUUGGUGAUGUCUGCAAUUCACCAACCAAGAAACAUAUUUUAGUCUUCUCUUAUAUAUUAUUGACGUAUAAUGUUUCUUUCAAUAAUUAAAUAAGGGUUAUGAGAAUUGUGUGGGGGUGAUAUCUACUUUUAUUUU